AAGAGCACCCCGAGCAUCCCGAGACACGCACCGCCCGGCCAUGAUCCUGCCCUGCGCCCUGCUGGCCGCGCUCCUGGCGCCCGGCAUCGCCGCCAACCCCUGCUGCUCCAACCCCUGUCAGAACAGAGGAGUCUGCAUGACUACAGGAUUUGAUCGGUAUGAAUGUGACUGCACGAGGACAGGAUAUUACGGGGAAAACUGUACGACGCCGGAAUUCUUCACGUGGCUGAAGCUGACAUUGAAACCUUCACCAAAUACUGUCCACUACAUCCUCACCCACUUCAAAGGAGCCUGGAAUAUCGUCAACAAUAUUCCCUUCUUACGGGAUGCUAUUAUGAGAUAUGUAUUAAUGUCCCGAUCGCACUUGAUCGACAGCCCACCGACUUACAAUAGUGAUUAUAAUUACAAAAGCUGGGAAGCUUAUUCCAAUCUUUCCUAUUACACAAGAAGCCUUCCACCAGUAGGACUUGACUGUCCAACACCAAUGGGAGUGAAAGGUAAGAAGGAGCUCCCAGAUUCAAAGCUGAUUGUGGAGAAGUUUUUGCUAAGGAAGAAAUUUAUUCCCGACCCACAGGGCACAAAUGUGAUGUUUACAUUCUUUGCCCAACACUUCACUCAUCAGUUCUUCAAGACGGACCACAAGAAGGGACCUGGCUUCACUAAAGCUUUCGGCCACGGGGUUGACUUGAACCAUAUUUAUGGAGAGACUCUGGAGAGACAACUUAAACUGAGGCUCCUGAAGGAUGGAAAGCUAAAGUACCAGAUGAUCGAUGGAGAAAUGUAUCCGCCAACAGUGAAGGACACUCAGGCGGAGAUGAUCUACCCUCCUCACGUACCUGAACACCUGCAGUUCUCUGUCGGGCAGGAGGUGUUUGGUUUGGUCCCAGGAUUGAUGAUGUACGCUACAAUAUGGCUGAGGGAACACAACCGGGUCUGCGACAUCCUGAAACAGGAGCAUCCCGAGUGGGACGAUGAGCAGCUCUUCCAGACUACUAGGCUCAUAUUGAUAGGAGAGACAAUCAAGAUCGUUAUCGAGGACUACGUGCAACAUUUGAGUGGCUACCACUUCAAACUCAAGUUCGAUCCUGAGCUGCUGUUCAACCAGCGAUUUCAAUACCAGAACCGGAUUGCAGCCGAAUUCAAUACUCUCUACCACUGGCACCCACUUCUGCCGGACACGUUCCAGAUACACGACCAGGAGUACACUUUCCAGCAGUUCCUCUACAACAACUCCAUAAUGCUUGAACACGGCCUUUCCCACAUGGUGAAAUCUUUCUCCAAGCAAAGUGCUGGCAGGGUUGCUGGUGGGAAGAAUGUUCCUGCUGCAGUACAGAAAGUAGCAAAGGCUUCGAUUGACCAAAGCAGGCAGAUGCGAUACCAGUCCUUGAAUGAGUACAGGAAACGCUUCAUGUUGAAACCCUUCAAAUCAUUUGAAGAACUUACAGGAGAAAAAGAAAUGGCAGCGGAACUGGAAGAGCUUUAUGGAGACAUUGAUGCUAUGGAGCUGUAUCCAGGCCUCCUGGUAGAAAAGCCACGCCCAGGUGCCAUCUUUGGUGAAACAAUGGUGGAGAUCGGAGCACCGUUCUCUCUGAAGGGACUGAUGGGAAAUGCGAUCUGCUCCCCCGAGUACUGGAAGCCCAGCACCUUUGGUGGAAAAGUGGGCUUCGAAAUAAUCAAUACAGCCUCCUUACAGAAGCUCAUCUGCAACAACGUGAAAGGGUGUCCUUUCACUGCUUUCCACAUCUUAAAUCCUGAACCCACAGAGGCAACUAUUAAUGUUAGUACCUCAAAAACAGCAAUGGAAGAUAUCAACCCCACACUACUACUGAAAGAGCGAUCUGCUGAGUUGUAAAAAUCCAUCUAUCUAUCUAUUUAUUUAACUAUAUAUAAUAAUUUAUUCUAUUUAUAGUUUAAAGUGUUUAAAAACAAAAAAAAAACUUGAGCAUCUUCAUUGUGGGGGUUGUCCUAGAUUCCUUACUCAGGUAAGGCUUCCAUUUACAAAAGGGAUUUUCUGUGUCUGAGCUCUACGGUGGUGAAUCCCUUGUUUAAAGUCUUCUGUAACAGAACUAUGUAUUCCAAAGUGGACAAAGAUUCCAGCUUUUUUUAAUGUUGUUUUAAUACUUGACAAAGGGGUUUUGGUGUUUUUGUCUUUUCGCUUGAUAGAUCACAUAACACUACAAAAUAAGGUUAUUGCCUCAGCAAUUUCUUAAACUUGAAAACGGGCCAUUGAACUAAAAUAGCAAGAAAAUUUGACUCGAUGAAAACUACCAGAAAAGAUCAUGAAUUCAACACAAGAACUCAAAGAUUAACCAAAAAUACGUAUACUUGAGACUCGCUUAUUGAUGUAAAGUUAGAAAGCACAUUGCAUUUAUUGGUGGUACUACCUCUCCCUCAUUGCAAAUAAGGCACUUUGUACAGUAACUUAUGUUUGUUUUUAUGUGUAAAUCUACUUUCAUGUGGCAUUAUACUAUUUUUAAUUUAAUUAUUUAAAGAAACUAGAACUUCUCUUGGCUCUUGUUUUUGAAGCGUUAAGUCAGAGAAGUAUUAUUUGUGUAAGAGGACGAUAUUAAGGCACUGAGCUCAGCAAUAACUGACUCUCUCAGGCUGCAACACAAGGCUGCUCGCAUUUUGAUAGAGAUGUUUUAUUAUGCAAGUUUGGGGAGGUUUGAAACUUAAUCCAAAGUAUUAGUGUUCUUUCCAUAGCUGUCGUUGUAUGGUCUACUUGAUAAGGUAACAAUAUCUAUCACUUUAAGAACAAAUGGACAGUAUAGCUUUAGGUAGGGAUGUGACCGUAGUAUAGCUUUGUGUACCUGAAACCUGGAUAUUACUGGGGAAUAGUGGAAGUCGAGGAGCAGAGAAAUGGAUACAGAAUAGAUCUGGCAAAACUUAAAGCCAUCAUGACUUAAAUACAGCUUAUGUCUACAUACAUAAGCCACACUUGUGACUUAUAGUUCUAUUUAUUGGAGGGAAGAGGGAUAAUGUUUUGUUUCUAACUUAUAAACAGAGGCAUUUUAAGUGGCUUAAUCUUAAAUAAAACUGGCUAGCUAGCACAAAAUCUCCUAGACGUAGUUGUCCUGAUCCGGCACUGAAAUAUCUAGUCUCAUCUGGGCACAUAAGAAGUUACAGAGGGUCUUGUACCAGCACUUCGAACUUUGCAUAUAAGGGUAUCUUUUUUUUAAUUUCUAGAGAGGAAAUGUAGAAGAUGAUCUUCCCAUAAAAACAGCUGGGGAACUGUAGGGAAAAAGAAAGAGUCACUUCAGACGGGAAUAGAGCAGCAACCUGGUACUCUGUGCCCCUGCCCAAAAUUCCUUGGCUACUUGUGGAAAAGGACUUGAGUUUUACGUUACAUCUGAAUCUCUCAGACACUUGUAGAGGCUUGUGAACCGUCACGGCUACGGCACUAGUAUAGUUUGACUGUGACUUCUGUGUCUCUAAACGAAUCGACACAUUCCGAUUUACCUUUUACUGUGCAAGUUUGAUUGUUAGUGUGAAUGGGAGAUCUCAAUUCAGCUGUAGUGAGCGAUACCAGGGACCAGUUUGAUUUUGGUAUGAAUGCUCUGGGAGAAAGAAGGGCCUUUGUUGCUUUUUCUGUUUGAAGCACGAAGAAGGGAAGAACUUCGCUCAUCCCGUGUUAGAAAGUGGUCAGUACUGUGUCUGCUGACAACCAAAACCGCUUGGACACUUGUUAAACACGUAGUGGUUAUUCAGAUCCAGCUUUGGAACACACUUCUUCAGAGCACCCUUCUGCCAUUGACGAGGAAAAGUGUUUGGCCGAGAGCCAAAGAGAGACAAGUUGGGACAGAUCUAGUUAUUUUUGGGGUAGGUAAAGAGGGAUUCCUCAGAUCCUGUCACCCGAGUGAAGUCUUAAGCUGCUUCAGAGAGGAAUCGUGUUCAUCCUGCAUUUUGUUCUCUGCAUUCACAUUUCAACAGUCACUCGCCUGUGACCCAACCUGCUGGGUUUGGCUGGGUUCAAGUUGCUCGUAAUAACUGUGUAUGUUUGAGAUUAUUUAUUUAAAAUUCUGUGAAUUGUUUUUCACUUUAUUUUUGUAGGACAAGAAUGUUUUUAAAAUGCAAUUGUUUAUAUAAAUAAAUUACCUCCAUGGGCUCAGUUGCACUGAUUUCUUUCACACUUAAUACCGCUGAAGGAACUCU